CCGCGCCGCGCAGCGCCGCGAGCCAUCGCCAUGCUGUUCGGCGAGCAAGACGUGCUUGUGUACCAGGAGGCGGUGCUGGCGCGGCGCGGCCACCGGCUCGGCUGCCGCGCCCACCCGCUCUCGUUCGUGCGCCCUUUCCCCGCGCACAGCGGCUACUACCUGCGCCUGCUGUACGGACGGACCCGCAGCCCUGCACCGCUGCCAGCGAUGACGAUCGAGGAGUGCUCCAGCCCGCCGGCCGGCGGCGCCACGCGACGCAAGCCGGACGCGUGCGUCAAGCGGUCCCGCAUCACCACCGGGUACGAGUUGAGCCAGGACCUGGCCGAGCGGCAGGUGGCCUGCCUGGAGCGGCGCUACGGCGGCCGAUGCGCGCGCCGCGCCGCCACCACCAUCCAGCGCGCCUACCGCCGGCACGCCCUCACCAAGACGUUCCGCGCCAUCACCUCCACGGCGAAGACCGAGAAACGGCUGUCGCGCCGCUUCGAGCUGCCGGACGGCUGGCCGCCACCGCCGCCGCCUGCGCCCGAGCCGACGCCGGCGGCGGCGGCGCCGCUGCCGGCAGUGCGAGGCGGCGCCAGCCUCAACUGCAGCCUGGAGAACGAGUCGGACCUAUCCGACCGCGAGUACCAGAGCUACGGCUACCUGAACGAGUCGACCUACAUCGGCGAGUACCUGGCGCCGCGGGUAGACGCCCGCGACGCGUCCGCCAGCCCGCGACGCGCGGCCGCCUACCAGGUGAGAUCGGAACGCGGCCGGACCUGUGAGGGGUCGGGAUGGCAGGCGGGGCUGGCGGAGUCCGCGUCACCCCGGCUGGGUCCGAUGGACCGGCUGUGUGGAGCUGCGAUGAGCGCCUCGCUCGAGCUUGAUGUUGCACGUAAUGGCCUGGAUGAACGCUGGGCGGCGAGCAAUAACCGGAAGCGCUCGCCAUUCAACGGGCGUUCGUCGAGCGGCCGGCGGCCGGCGGCGCGGCCCGCCUGCGAGGUGGACGGCAGGGAGCCGGCGGAGAGGGCCGGCCGCGCCACUCAGACCACCUCCUGCAAGGUGCCGGAGAUCGUGCGGAAACGCCAGUACCGGGUCGGCCUGAACCUCUUCAACACGAAGCCGGAGCGCGGCAUCGACUACCUGAUCGGGCGCGGCUUCCUGGACGAGUCGCCGCACAGCGUGGCCCGGUUCCUCAUCACCCGCAAGGGCCUGAGCAAGCAGAUGAUCGGCGAAUACCUGGGCGACCUGCAGUCACCGUUCAACGCCGCCGUCCUAGAGGCAUUCGUGCAGGAGCUGGACUUUUACAACAUGCAGCUGGAUACGGCGCUGCGGAAGUUCCAGACCUACUUCCGCCUGCCGGGCGAGGCGCAGAAGAUCGAGCGGCUCAUGGAGGUGUUCGGCCAGCGUUACUGUCAGUGCAACCACGAGUUCGUGGCCAGCCUGAAGACGCCGGACACCGUGUUCGUGCUGGCGUUCGCCAUCAUCAUGCUCAACACGGACCUCUUCACGCCCAGCAUCAAGGCCGAGCGCAAGAUGAAGAUGGAUGACUUCAUCAAAAACCUGCGCGGCAUCGACGACGGCGCCGACGUGGACCCGCAGCUGCUGGCCGGCGUGUACGAGCGGGUGCGUGCGCACGAGUUCCGUGCCGGCGCCGACCACGUGACGCCCGUGCUCAAGGUCCAGCAGACCAUCAUCGGCAAGAAGCCGCCGCUGGCGCUGCCGCACCGCCGUCUGGUGUGCUACUGUCGCCUGUACGAGGUGCCCGACGCGUCCAAGAAGGAGCGGCCCGGCGUGCACCAGCGUGAGGUGUUCCUCUUCAACGACCUGAUGCUCGUCACCAAGAUAUUCAGCAAGAAGAAGAACGCCAUGACGUACACGUGCCGGCAGAGCCUGCCGCUGGCCGGGCUCAGUGUGUCCGCCUUCGAUCUCUCGUACUACCCGUUCGGCAUCCGCCUGUCGCAGCGCGUCGACGGCAAGGUGCUGCUCACCUUCAACGCGCGCAACGAGCACGACCGCACCAAGUUCUGCGAGGACCUGCGGGAAAGCAUCCUCGAGAUGGACGAGAUGGAGGCGCUGCGCAUCGACGCCGAGCUCGAGCGCCAGAAGGCCAGCAGCGCUCGUGGCAGCCGGAGCUCGGAGAACCGCGACUCGGGCGUGGCCGACGUGGAGGAGGUGUCGGACGGCUCGGCCAAGUCGGCGUCGGGCCUGAAGCGGGCGGCGCUCUCCAACUCGCUGCUGGACAUGACGGAGGCCGGCGGCCGGCCGCAGCGGCGCGGCAGCGUCGGCUCGCUCGACUCGGGCAUGUCGGUCAGCUUCCAGUCCAACAGCACGGCGUCGGUGCAGGCCGGCAGUCCGCCGCGGCCGCCGGGCGCUCUCCGCCUCCCCUGAGGCGUGCUGGGCGCGGCCGGCGCCGGCGGCUGCCGCUGACUGCUGCUGUCGACGGCCGCUGCUGACGGCGUGGGCAGCUGAUGCUGGCCAUCCGCUGGUCUGCAUCGCGGUCAGCAGCUGGUGCUGGUCCGGCCGCUGCGUCGGCCUGCUGCAGUGGGGUCCGCACAGCGCAGCGAGCGCCUCUGCCCAGCAGGUCCGGACGGGCUGGGCGGAGGGCCUAGCCAGGGGUUCACGCUCGUUGAGGCGACACUGCCUUUGUAGGGGACGAUUUAUCAUUUCAUAUUGAGUCAACUAACCACAUUCUAGUCUAUAUGCGUGGUCGGUCGAGCGUGAGUCUUUCGAGGGGGACGAAUAACUGUGUACAUACGACCAACCGCCGAGAGAUCCGUAUCACGUAGGAGUAGGUGGCUAGUGGCCAAAUAUGAUCAUUAUUUUGAUAUCUAUUCCAGACUUAUUUGUUACAUUGUGGCCAUGUGAUGGUGUUGCCCGCCUUAUUUUACAAAUAAAUGAUGUUUAAAU